AUGUCAAAGAGGAAGCUUGUUCUUCUUGGGUACCCUGCGGAAGUCAUUAAUUUUGAAAUCAACUUAAAUUUAGAUGAGGAACAUGUACGAGAGCUAGUUUCUUGGCUCGAAGACCAGUUUAUUCGCUUGUAUAAAAUAGAUGAUCGUAGUGGUCUCCGCAGUGAAGAUUCUGAACUUUGGCAUAAAGCGUUUACCAAGUAUCUAGCUGACUUAAAAAGUCCAUUUUCUGCUGAUGCUGCUCAACUGAAGGAGGCUAUUGACUGGAUUUUGGAUUUAGCUAUAGAGAAUCUCUAUAAUGAAACUUCAGAAGCAGCUAAUCUUACUUCCUCGAACCUUGAGAGGUUGAAAAAGAAACAAAUUGAAGCGCAAAAAGCUAAUGACCCCAUCAGUGCACUGGACUUUCAUAGUGAUGAAUGCAAGAAAGGAAUAGAAGACUUGCGGAAACUGCUUGGCAUCGGAUCUCAUCCAGAUCCGGAAGUUGUGCUUAAAGGGAUUUGUAAAGUUAGUUCUCUGGCUUAUUGUUUACUCAUUAACGAGCUAGAUUUUCAGCCUUCAGUUCAGUUAAAUAAACUGGAAAUGGGGAUGGCCAGUACGAAGAAUGGGUCGAUUGAUGCAGCUGUGCGGGCUUUGCGUCUAAUUCAUUUAGAAAAUCUUCGGGAGAUACAAACAGAAAUUAAUGAAGUUAUUGUGGCUAUUCAGGAGAUCACUGCAGAUCCAAAGACGGACAAACGAUUAGGGAAAGUUGGAUUCUAA